GUGUGACUUCUUAGGGCUUUCUUUCCUCUCCGUUAAGCUGAAGGCUCUUCUUGCUGAUCUUUAAUGCCGUCGGUUUGUUGAUCUCUAUUGUCUUUGGUAGCUGAAACUCUUUGCUUCUAUCAAACCUGCGAUUUAUUUUCUGAGAAUGACAAUGCAAGCUUGGCCUCUUCCCGUCGGUUGGCACUGGUGGGGAAGUUCUUCCAUGGUCACCCCAAGCUGGAUGUCAUUCAGAAAAAGUUUGAUUCUUUGAAGUUGGUGGGUAGUUGUAAAAUCGGUUUGUUGGAUGGUAGACAUAUUCUUAUUCAAUUAACAAGAGAGGAGGAUUAUAUAUGGUUGUUUGUGAGGAAAAUGAUGAUGAUUGAUGAUAGAGCUAUGAAGUUUCUUAAAUGGUCUGUGGACUUCGAUCCACAAACUGAACCUCUGAUUGUGCCGGUAUGGAUUUGAUUCCCUGAUUUAAAACUACACCUUUUUAAUCAAGUAUUGUUUUCUCUUGCUGUGAUAUAUGGGAGACCUUUGAAGAUGGAUUCUCCCAUGUUCAACUUAACAAAGCCAUUUGUGGCACGUGUUCUGGUGGAAAGGGACAUCACUCAAGUUGAGGAAGAAGAAGUGUGGAUUGGUUCCCCCCACAAAGGAUAUUGGCAAAAAGUCAUCAUUGAGCAGCAUCCUCUAUAUUGUUCCAAUUGCCGUAUGUUUGGACUUUCUUCUGACAAUUGUUACAUUCUUCACCCUGAGCUCAAAAUUGAUGUUAGACAGGUUGGAAAGGAGGUGGUGAAACCUCAGGAGAAUGUGCCAAUCGAGAAAUUGGAGGAGAAUGUUUUCGUAGGUGAAGGGGCCAUGGCGGGGGAGGGGGAGUCUCAUGGUGAGGGUAUGCCACAGGUGGAGAAGGCUGGGUUUGAGGAUUCUUUUGUGGAAGAGGGUGUAGGGGUGGAUGUGGGAUUGGUUUCCAAUUUGGUGGGUGGUGGUGUUUGCCAUUCUGAUCAGGGAAAAGCUUUCUUGGAAGUUGCGCAUGCUGCUUUGGUUGAGGAAUGGAAGAUACAGAAAUCCAAAAAGAAGAAGAAAGCGGAAGACAUUACUAUUUUCUCGUUACAGUUGAAUUCACGCUCAUGGAGCCUGCUGGCCAAUGGCAAGCCACGAUGGUGAUUGAGAUCCAGAGGAGCUUGGUACGAAAGAGUCCCGUUCGGCAGCUGAUGUGGAUGUGCAGAGCGUUCCAGUUGUAUGUAUUUCACGCCACAUAUUGGACAAUUGAUAAUUGUUCCCUCGGCCUUACUUUCCGAAGGGAAUGAGUUCCAGGUUCCAUGAAUCGGAUCCUUCCUUAUCAUUGAUGGCCUGCUCCCACCGCCAAAUUCCAUUGAUAGGUUUGUGAGAAUCUUGUUUUGUGAAUGUGGAGGGUGAAGAAGGCAUGGGCUUAUUUUUAUAGUGAUUUAGAGCAAAAAGUAAAGAGUAAUUAAGAGAGUUUUAAGGGUAAAGGAGAGGUUUAGAGUAAAUAAUGGAAAAGAGUAGAACAUUGACCGCAUAUGUGGAUGGUUAUUUUGAGGGAUGGGGAGGAAUGAGGAGGUGAAGUUGUUUGUAUUGUGAAUGGGGGGUUGCGGACGGUUGUACCUGACAUUUUAGAAUUUAUCAUAUCAUUUUGGACUAGUGCGGUUAACAUUCAUUGAUUGUU